AUGGACACGUUCACUUCAUCCUUUGAGGAUAAGCAGCCCUUUCCAUUGCUGUCCGAUGGUCCUGGAUCCCCCGAUGACCCCCAAGAAAGCUAUGACGAGAGCGUAAUCUCCCCCGGCUAUGAGGAGAUCGAGGUGGAAGACGAUGCAGACUUCCAGUCUCAUUAUUCAUUAGAACACCAAUCGUUCUCGGAUUCUGAUUCAGAUGAAUCUUCUGAAAAUAUUGGUCGACAUCAUCCAUUCCGCCAAUCCUCCAGCUCUCUUCAUGGCCCGAAUGCAUUUGCGCCGCCAUUCUACAACCGUCCGCCAACCCCUCUACCACCUUCUCCGUCACUCACAUCUCUUCUCCGCCCACCCUUCUCGACUACUACGUCGCGCCCAACCACCCCAGACAGCUCAGAUGUAGAGACACCAAACGAUACCGAGGCGGCGGUCGCCAAGUCAGCUCGUCGCGCAACGACCGUGCCACGCGCCAGUCCCAAAGUACCCACCUAUGAGUACUACGGCUUCGUGUUAUACUUGGCUUCUUCGUUAGCUUUCCUAUUCUAUCUCCUCUGGUCUUAUCUUCCCUCCCCAUUCCUUCACCAACUCGGCAUCUACUAUUACCCCAACCGUUGGUGGUCGCUGGCUAUCCCAGCAUGGCUGGUGAUGCUCUUGAUUUAUAUCUACGUUGCGCUCGCCGCAUACAACACUGGCUACCUCACAUUGCCUAUGAACAGCAUCGAGAAUAUUGUUGAUGAGGUUGCGAAUGUAUCUGUCAUUGAUGGAAAGGCGCGGCGGCGGCCUGGCGGUGCAUCCAAAAUGAAACCAGGUGCGACCUCUUAUCAGAUCAUGGGCCCCCAAAAUCGCAAAGUCAAUUGGCGCGAAAUCUGGAGUGAAGGAACAGACGCAGUCAUGGAUGUGCCGGUAGGGGGCACAAAGGCCAGCAGGGAACUUCUCGAGAUCAACCUUGAAAUGUCAAAACGACGUUCGACUCCACCUCCACAGCCUGAGGGCUCUGGGGCAGGAGUACUUCCCCGCGGUCCGAUCACUCCAGAACAGAAGCGCAGGAUGGAAAUUAACCGCAUGAAGGCAAAAGCUCUCCGAGAACAGCGCGAAGCCGAACUGGCCCAAGCUGCUCCUCGUGCCUCGCAAUCCGCUCAAGGAGCCAAACGCUCGUUCGCUACUAUGACGGCAUCCAAUCAACCUGCGAACGUGCGCGAUGCUCGCGCAAACACUUCGUCAGAUCGCCCGGAUUCGAUCAGGCCGGCCCGCAAUUUCACAAGCUAUGUCGACUAUGACUUUAGCAAAAUGACCGAUACGAAGGGUGGAUUCUUGACCCAGGAAGAUGACCCAUUCAACAAGCAACUUCAUGUCAAAGAUGAUAAGGAGGAACAAAAACCUGCAAAUAUGACACAAAAAGAAUGGGAACGCCACCAAAUACUUCAAACCCUAAGGCGGAACCGUGAAGGGCCUUUCGAGCCCGGUCUAAGCGUGCUGGAUGAUAAAAGCAAGCAAAAGAAAUGCCGCGAAUGUGGUAGUAUUGAGAUUGACUGGAAAUGGGAAGAAGAACUAAAGUGUUGCAUCUGCCAUUCCUGCAAAGAGAAACACCCUGAAAAAUACAGUUUGUUGACCAAGACCGAAGCCAAAGAAGAUUAUCUCCUCACAGAUCCUGAACUCCGAGAUGAAGAGCUACUUCCCCGUUUGGAGCGUCCUAACCCACACAAGUCUACAUGGAACAGCAUGAUGCUAUAUCUACGAUACCAAGUGGAGGAGUAUGCAUUUUCAGAGAAGAAAUGGGGCUCGACAGAGGCACUAGACGCCGAGUUCGAACGGCGGGAAAAUGACAAGAAGCGGCGGCGGGAGGCCAAAUUCAAAACCAAACUGCAGGACCUCAAGAAGCGCACGCGCGUGGAGGCGUACCGACGCAAUCGGCAAGGGGCUGCUGGAGGAGAAUUCGGCGACGAUCUCGGCUCCGGGAGGAAACAUGUUCAUCAAUGGGGUCGGUCGGUUGACAAUCCAGAGACUGGGAUCGGUGUUAAAACGUGCGUAGACUGUGGGAUGGAGGUGGAAGAACUCGAGUUCUAA